CCCACAAACGAAGGGCAUUAUGAAACAUCAUCCGAGGGUGACGGAGAAAAGGGAAGAAAUCAUAUGAUCUGCAUAUUUUCUCAUGAUUUUGUGGUACACUUUUUAAUUCAUCAACAUUUACGCUUUGACACUCGAAUAGUUGAGUAAAAUGCUUUCACUAGCAUUUUUCAAUCUGGGGAGAUGAGUGUUGGAUAUUUUGUUCUUGGUUUUUCUAUACAUUAUAUAUACAAGAGCUCCCUUAUUUGACCCCAGGGUCUUUUAUCUUGCACUGAAACCUGUCCUUUGAGCCGUCCCCCCCACCUGAAGCUUCACCAAUCUGCAAUCACAUUUUGUAAAGCUGCACCAUUUUAGGUUGAGAGUCAUAGAUGUGCAAGCAAGAUUGUUGUGAGCCAUUGCCAAACAGAAAAUUUUGCUCGCGUUCAAGCGGAGCUGUGCUCUCCACCCAAUCCCUCCCACGUUCCUCCCAUUACUUCCUCAAGUGAAUCGUAGUUCAUUCAUCUAAAGGAGUAAGCUAGGUGAAGCAAGGAACACAAUCAACGAACCAUGGUUGAUGCCGUUGUCUCCUUCGUUGUGGAAAGACUUGGUGAACUACUCAUCGAACAAGUUGUCUUUUUGCGCGGAGUGAGAGAUGAAGUGACAUGGUUGAGAAACAAAUUGGACAUGAUGUCGUGCUUCUUGAAAGAUGCGGAAGAAAAACAGGAUGGAGACCACCGAGUGCGCAAGUGGAUAUCCGACGUUAGAGAUGUGGCUUAUGAUGCCGAGGAUAUUAUUGACAACUUUAUACUCAAAGUAGAAGAGGGAGAGGGGACUCCAAAAAAGAUGGGGCUAAAAGAUUGCCUUAAAAAGUAUUUUUGCAUUUGUAGCAAACGUGCUAGCCUUGUCGAACAAGCAAAUCUCUAUGGUAUAGGAAAAGAAAUAAAUACACUGAAGAAGAGGCUCGAGGAGAUCCAACGAAAUCGGGAAAUUUUCAAUAUUAGAGAUAUCAAUGAUGGAAGAGAAGGAUCAGAUCGCACGAAUGAAAGACUAAAUCAACUACGAAGAGAGACGCCAUACGGAGACAAUGAGCUUGUUGUAGGCUUUCAAGAGGAUGCUGCAAAAUUGGAGUCUGAACUUGUCAAGGAAGUCAAACACCGAAGAGUGAUAUCAAUCGUGGGCAUGGGCGGCUUAGGUAAGACAACUAUAGCUCGGAAGCUUUACAACAACAAUUGCCUUAGAGACAAAUUUGACUGUUGUGCUUGGGUUUCUGUGUCCAAAGAUUACAAAAUCCAGGAUCUUCUUCUAAGAACCAUAAAAUCUUUCGAGAGGCCGACAAGGAAAGAGGAAUUUGAACUUUUGGAGAAGAUGAAAGAAUUAGAUGAUUUGGAGACUCAGCUACGUAAGUAUUUGGAAGGACGUCGAUACUUGGUGGUGGUUGAUGAUGUAUGGGACGUAAAUGCUUGGGCAAGCUUGAGGAGAGCUUUUCCAGACAACAAAAAUGGAAGCAUGGUAAUUAUGACGACCCGAAAUAAAACUGUUGCCGAGCAUUGCGAUGAGAGACCGUAUGUCUAUGAGCUCCCAUUUUUGAAGGAAGAAGAAAGUUGGGAAUUGUUCUGUAAGAAAGCGUUUCCUACCUAUGACGAGGUUGGAGACAAGAAAAUUUUUUGUCCUCCAACCUUGGAGGGUUUGGCAAGAGAAAUGGUCAGCAAAUGCCGCGGCUUGCCCCUAGCCUUAGUCGUAUUGGGAGGGGUACUGCACAGAAAACAUCCCGAUGAGUGGUCCAAGCUGAAAGACCAAAUAUGGCGCCAUGUAACAGAAGAGUCGGAUAAUGUCAAAUACAUAUUGGAAUUAAGCUUCAACGAUUUGCCUCAUCACUUGAAGUCGUGCUUUCUUUACUUGGGUUUGUUUCCAGAAGACUAUGAAAUUGAUGCUGAGAGACUUUGUUGGUUGUGGGAGGCGGAGGGUUUCAUAAAACUGGAUGAGGAACCUUUUGAGAUGGCAUAUCUGCAACAGCUAAUUGACAGAAGUUUGAUUCUAGUUUCAGAAAGAAACUGGAGGAGAAUCGUGAAAUGCCGAGUGCAUGAUUUGCUCCGUGAUCUUGCAAUCCGAAAGUCAAAGGAGCUAAAUUUCCUUCACAUCUAUGAUGGAACUCAUCAUUCACAGCUCACUCGAAAUAGUCGACGACUGGCUUCACAUUGUGGAUUUAAGAGGUUUGUUUCAUUGGAUCAUUCAGAUAUGCGCUUACGAACUCUCUUGUUUUUCAAUUGUGAAAACGAAUCCAAUGAUUUUGAAAUAGCACAGUUACAACCUUUAUGCAUGAAGUUGAGAUUACUGAGAGUGCUAAAUCUUGAGGAGCUUUCUUUCCGUGGUUCUCGAGAAACAGGGGAAGUAAGGCUACUUGAUGAAAUAGGGAAACUUAUUCACUUGAGGUACUUGGGGUUACGUGGCACAGAAAUAAAUCAGCUCUCGCCGUCCAUCGGUAACUUACAUGCCCUACAAACGUUGGAGCUAAGUUAUGAUUCCGAUCCAAUUCAAUUACCUGAUGAAAUACGCAAUGCAAAGCAGCUAAGACGUUUAGUUGGAGUUUUCAAGUGGCCGUUUCCGGUGGACAAUUUGACUGAGCUUCGAACUCUCAGAGGGGUGGUAGUUGAGGAUCAGAUGGAGUUCGAACCAACGGGUUUGAUCAAUCUUCGUGAGCUCUGCGUAAGAAUUGAGGGAAGGGACAAAAGAAUCACACUAGACUCUAUCGGUGGACUUAGAAGCCUCCAAGCCUUGCAUCUAGCAGUUGAUUUAGGAGACUCUGGUUUGUUCCCUGCAUUGCAACCGCUUUCUCAUUGCCAAAACCUCAUCCAAAUGAGAUUAGAGGUCGAAGGAGCUUGGAAGUUGCCAGCAAAGGUCCACCAAUUCCUACCGAAUCUCAAGUACCUUUUGAUAAAAUCUAAAUCUCUUACUGAAGAUCCCUUUCCUGUGUUGGAGAAGCUUCCCAAUUUGACCGUGUUGGAGUUGCAGAACUAUCGUGGACCUAAAUUGGUUUGCUCUGCUAAAGGAUUCCCUCAACUCGAAAUCCUAGAGGUUUAUGGAAGUUCUUACGGGGAGCUGGAAGUGGAAGAAGGAGGAAUGCCCACGCUUAAGGGCUUUACAAUGAGUGGUUUUAAUCUUUCCGACAAUUCAGAGAGGCUACGCUCCAUCCCCGACCCGCCCUUUAUUGAUGAUGAGGUUUGGCCUUACUAAGUAACAGAACGUGUUACCUGGGAAUAAUAGCUUGCCUGUUGUAAGAGGUGCUAUACAACCUUUAAUUGUUUAUUUUCUUGUGAUGUUGAUGUUGUUUGGACUACUGGGCUCAGUAAUCUUCAUCGGCUUUCAUGUAAUUAAAGCUUGUGUUCUAAUUAAGCUCAUGAAGCCUAUGUUU